CAUGGCAGCGUCCUGUUGUUUCCCUGUGCGUUCACAGCUUUCAUAAAAAGAAACGGGCCGCUUUAUCAGCACUGUCACGCAAUCAGCUGUUGCUAUUGGCAUUCCGAACAUAGCUGAGCAGCGUCCAUUUGUUUCCUCGCUAGGGCGUCGCAUCAUAACCCAGAUCGCCGAGUAGUUUUCAUUCAAUCUGCGCUGAAGAGGACGUAUUCAACCAACGCCCGGUACCCGAUGGAUGACGACUACGGUAUCGUGGAAUAUUUUUACGAGCACAGCGGUCACAGAUGCGGCUACUGCAAAUCGGAAUCGACGAGCCUCAGUUGCGGCAUGUGGGCUCACAGGCUGACGGCGGGAAUUUACGACGACCUGCUUAAUCGAGGGUGGAGAAGGUCGGGCGAGUACUGCUACAAACCAAUGAUGAAGACGACCUGCUGCCGUCAGUACCCCAUAAAGCUCGACGUUGCUGAAUUCCAGCUAACCAAGUCGCAGAAAAAGCUGUUGAAGCGCGUACACAAGUUCCUGGCUACAGGCAAAAGGAGUGAAGGAGGAAAGCCAGACGAAAAAGAGGAUGACUGCUCUGAGGCCGCGGGUGACAGGGUCAUGGAGAUGCCCGACUUCUCGGACAAAAAGUCGAACGUACAACUUGACCUAGAGACCUGCAGCUUAAAGACCCCUGGUGACACAGCUACAAGUGGAAUUGGAAAUGAAGAAGUUGUAGUUCCUGAGCCUAUGGAUCAGCAUUCUGAAAAGCCAGCAAUGUCUCACAAAGAAGCAACCGCAUCGAAUGCUGAAAAGACAGCUCAUGUGCCAAAGAAAGGUCUAGGUGCCGACCCGAACAAGCCAAAGUGCCGUAAGGCCCGUGACAUUCGCCGAGAAAGGAAGCUUUUGAAAAUGAGUAAUGCGGGCAAGGAUCUCAGCCCCGGCAGUGAAAAGGCUUUGCAUUCUUCAAAAAAAUCUAAGAACGAGGCAAAGUCGUUGGAAGACUUCUUGUUUGAACCGCUCCCGCAGGACGCUGCUCACAAACUCGAAAUUCGCCUGGUGCGGAAUAGCCCCAGUUGUCCCGAGUUUGCAAACUCCUUCGAUUCCGCCUUAGCCGUCUACUUCCAAUACCAGGAGAAAAUUCACAAGGACCCUCCCGAAAAGCUAACAGAACGGCGCUUUCGUCGCUUCCUAGUCAAUAGCCCAAUCCAGUAUGAUCCAAAAGGCCCUUACAGCUUGGGCUCAUUCCACCAGCAGUACUGGCUAGACGGAAGGCUGAUUGCAGUUGGCGUCAUCGACGUAUUGCCGACGUGCCUUUCUUCAGUGUAUCUGUACUACGACCCGGACUACAGCUUUCUGUCCCUAGGCACGUAUGCAUCACUCAGGGAGAUAGCUUAUGCAAGACAGCUGCACAAAAUGUGCCCCAGCAUCAGGGAAUACUGCAUGGGCUUCUACAUCCACACCUGUCCCAAGAUGAGAUACAAGGGUAACUUCUCUCCAUCUAGAUUGCUAUGCCCAGAGACCUACACAUGGCAUCCCAUAGAGAAGUGCAAGCCCCUUCUGGAUGUCAACAAGUACAGUCGCUUUGAAGAGGACCAAACCAAAGGUGAUGAAAAUGCCGUACAAGACCUGAAUGAGGUGAUGAUCCUCUACAACAGGACAGUCAUCACGUACAAGAAGUACUGUCGGCUCAAAGGAAAUGCUGACAAAGCCGAGGUCAGAGAGUAUGCAAACCUCGUUGGCAAGAAGUGCAUCAAGCGGCUCUUCCUCUACCGCAAGUCAUGACUGGCAGUGAUUAAGCCACCGUCGUGCUUUUAUCUCUUGUGAUAACUAUAACUUGGACUGUUUCUUCAACUUGGGUGAAUAAAUCGAAAUUAGGAAUAUGA